AUGUCGAGCAAUGUAGAGCAGCGACUGUCGCAAGAGGCGUCUGGCAGGGAGUGGAAGACUAAUCGAACCUCUCUGCGUGCCCUAGAUGUACUUACCUCGGACGUCCCGCACCUGCUUAUCCGCACACCACCCUCGAGCGCGAUCUUUGGCAGGCACGUUCCACGCCAGGACAUCGCAAAAUCCGUAAAUGGCUACGAUGACGGCGUAGGUACCAAUGCUGCUGACCUUGCUUCGCAAGUCUGCCUCUUCUCCUUCCAACAAAGCCGAGACGAGCAGACGAUCAUCCUUCCCUGCCAACACGAAGGCGGGUACGACAGGCUGAAGCAGGAGAUCGAGGCUCUCAUUGCAGACGAACAGCAGUGCAUGUCGAGCUCAGUACCUCCCGACCGUUGGCAGCUGAGUGGACCUUGGCGUGUCAUGCGCCUUAGGGGCCCUUUGGAGCACCACUUCAUCGGAAUCAUGCAGUCUCUCACUACUUCCUUCGUCCAAAGUGGGUGCUCCAUCCUUGCACUCUCCACUUGGGAUACCGACUAUCUCCUGCUUCAGGAGGGACAGUACGAGAGGGCUGUAGAGGGCUUGAAGAGAGAUGGAUGGGUGGUCGCGUCAUAG